AGGAGGGACAGCUUAUUGUUGCCUGAGCUCUGCGGUAAUGGCGGUGUCUCGUCGCUGUUCGCAGCAGCAUCAACAACAGCAAAAUACCUUACAAUCUCCGCCGCGAAACGCCUCAAUUUCGGGCUCCUCUUCGCCGAUGGCCCAGCUGACCUCGGCAGUGGGAGCCCCGGAGAAUGAGAGGGAGACCACCGGAGGGAUUGAGCUGGUCGUGGCCUCCCCGGACAUACCAGCCCCGGUCCUAGCGAGCAGCGCCAGCUCCACCACGACUCCCUCCGGCGGAGGCAGCAGCGUCUCCAGUCCGGGCUCGGGAGCUACGAGCCCCGCCGAGGCCAGCAGCGGGAUCGGCGGGGCCUUUAGGGAGCUGUUUGAAGCCUGUCGUAACGGGGAUGUGUCCAGAGUGAAAAGACUCGUAGACUCGGUCAAUGUAAACGCUAAGGACAUGGCCGGACGAAAAUCGACACCGCUACAUUUUGCUGCGGGUUUUGGUCGUAAGGAUGUGGUGGAGCAUCUCUUGCAGACUGGGGCAAAUGUUCAUGCCCGGGAUGAUGGUGGUUUGAUCCCCCUUCACAAUGCCUGCUCUUUUGGACACGCAGAAGUUGUCAGCCUCCUUUUGUGCCAAGGGGCAGAUCCCAACGCCAGAGACAACUGGAACUACACACCACUACAUGAGGCCGCCAUUAAGGGAAAGAUAGAUGUGUGCAUUGUUUUACUACAACAUGGAGCUGACCCAAACAUCCGUAACACAGAUGGAAAAUCUGCCUUGGAUCUUGCUGACCCAUCAGCCAAAGCAGUUCUUACUGGUGAAUACAAGAAAGACGAGCUUCUAGAAGCUGCAAGAAGUGGAAAUGAGGAGAAGCUGAUGGCACUGCUGACUCCACUAAAUGUCAAUUGUCAUGCCAGUGAUGGACGAAAGUCAACAUCCCAAAAAAUGCUGUCGACCCCACUACAUCUGGCCGCUGGCUAUAACCGUGUCCGAAUAGUUCAACUGCUGCUUCAACAUGGAGCUGAUGUGCAUGCCAAGGACAAAGGUGGUCUGGUUCCUCUUCACAACGCUUGCUCCUAUGGCCACUAUGAAGUCACUGAGCUUCUUCUGAAACAUGGGGCUUGUGUCAAUGCAAUGGACCUGUGGCAGUUCACUCCACUACAUGAAGCAGCAUCAAAAAACAGAGUGGAAGUUUGUUCACUGUUAUUGAGCCAUGGAGCUGACCCCACACUGCUUAACUGUCACAGCAAAAGUGCAGUGGAUAUGGCUCCCACCCCAGAGCUUAAGGAAAGGCUUACAUAUGAGUUCAAAGGACACUCACUGCUUCAAGCUGCUCGAGAGGCAGACAUGGCCAAAGUGAAAAAGACACUGGCUCUUGAGAUUAUCAGCUUCAAGCAUCCACAGACGAAUGAGACUGCACUGCACUGUGCUGUGGCCUCCCCUCACCCAAAAAGGAAACAAGUGACUGAACUGCUGCUGCGUAAAGGUGCCAAUAUCAAUGAGAAGAACAAGGACUUUAUGACUCCUUUGCACGUGGCUGCAGAGAGAGCCCACAAUGACAUCCUUGAAGUUCUUCAAAAACAUGGAGCAAAGGUGAAUGCUGUAGACACACUUGGUCAGACAGCAUUACACAGAGCUGCGUUGGCUGGACACAUUCAGACGUGUAAACUACUGCUGAGUUUUGGAGCCGACCCCUCCAUUGUGUCUCUUCAGGGCUUCACGGCUGCACAGAUGGGCAACGAAGCAGUGCAACAAAUACUAAAUGAAAAUGUCCCGACACGAAACUCAGACGUUGACUACAGGUUCCUAGAGGCCGCCAAAGCAGGAGACUUGGACACAGUGCAGCAACUGUGUACACCUCAAAAUGUGAACUGCAGAGACUUGGAGGGACGUCACUCUACUCCUCUACACUUUGCCGCUGGUUACAAUCGUGUGGCUGUUGUUGAAUACCUGCUACACCAUGGAGCUGAUGUCCAUGCCAAAGACAAGGGUGGUCUUGUCCCUCUUCACAACGCAUGCUCCUAUGGUCACUAUGAGGUGGCUGAGCUGCUGGUCAGACAUGGAGCCUCUGUGAACGUGGCAGAUUUGUGGAAAUUUACCCCACUGCACGAAGCCGCUGCUAAGGGCAAAUAUGAGAUCUGCAAGCUUCUGCUCAAACAUGGAGCAGACCCAUCCAAGAAGAAUCGAGAUGGGAACAUGCCUCUGGACAUGGUUAAAGAUGGGGACACAGACAUCCAGGAUUUGCUUAGAGGGGAUGCAGCGCUCCUUGAUGCUGCAAAGAAAGGCUGUUUGGCACGGGUUCAAAAACUCUGCUCACCAGAAAAUAUUAACUGCAGAGACACACAAGGACGCAACUCCACGCCACUACAUUUAGCAGCUGGCUACAACAACCUGGAAGUGGCGGAGUAUCUUCUGGAGCAUGGGGCUGAUGUCAAUGCUCAGGACAAAGGGGGACUUAUCCCCCUUCACAAUGCUGCUUCUUAUGGGCAUGUGGAUAUUGCAGCCUUACUGAUCAAAUACAACACAUGCGUGAAUGCCACAGACAAAUGGGCAUUCACGCCAUUACACGAGGCCGCCCAGAAAGGUCGUACCCAGCUCUGCGCCCUGCUGCUGGCGCAUGGUGCUGAUCCCACCAUGAAAAACCAAGAGGGCCAGACCGCACUAGACCUGGCCACAGCGGAUGACAUACGGGCUCUUUUGAUGGAUGCCAUGCCUCCAGAUGCCCUGCCGAGCUGCUUCAAGCCUCAGGCCACAGUGGUCAGUGCCUCAGUCAUCUCUCCUGCCUCCACGCCGUCCUGCCUGUCAGCUGCCAGCAGUAUAGACAACCUGGCCGGGCCACUCACCGAGCUGGCUGCGGCUGCUGCUGCUGGGGCAACCGGAGUGGCAGAUGGGGCCUCAUCAGACCGUAAAGAAGGAGAGAUGACCAUGCUGGACAUGAACAUCACUCAGUUCCUGAAGAGUCUUGGAUUGGAGCAUUUGCGGGACAUCUUUGAACGAGAGCAGAUCACCUUAGAUGUGCUGGCAGACAUGGGCCAUGAGGAACUGAAGGAGAUUGGUAUUAACGCUUACGGCCACAGACACAAACUCAUCAAAGGCGUAGAGAGGCUUCUUGGAGGCCAACCAGGGUCCAAUCCAUAUCUGACAUUCCACUGUGCAAACCAAGGCACCAUCCUGAUAGACCUUUCCCCUGACGACAAAGAAUAUCAGUCUGUGGAGGAGGAGAUGCAGAGCACCAUCCGAGAGCACAGAGAUGGAGGCAAUGCUGGUGGGGUAUUCAGCAGAUACAACAUCAUCAAGAUCCAGAAAGUUGUUAACAAGAAGCUAAGAGAACGUUACGCACAUAGACAGAAAGAAAUUGCUGAUGAAAACCACAACCACCACAAUGAGCGAAUGCUUUUCCAUGGUUCUCCUUUUAUCAAUGCCAUCAUCCACAAAGGUUUUGAUGAGAGGCAUGCCUACAUCGGAGGGAUGUUUGGUGCAGGGAUCUAUUUUGCAGAAAACUCUUCGAAGAGUAAUCAGUAUGUGUAUGGGAUUGGUGGAGGUACUGGCUGCCCGACUCACAAGGACCGGUCCUGUUACGUGUGUCACAGGCAAAUGCUGUUUUGUCGAGUGACCCUGGGGAAGUCUUUCCUACAGUUUAGUGCCAUGAAGAUGGCCCAUGCUCCACCGGGACACCACUCUGUGAUUGGGCGGCCCAGUGUCAAUGGGCUGGCAUAUGCAGAGUAUGUCAUCUACAGAGGGGAGCAGGCCUACCCAGAGUACCUCAUCACAUACCAGAUCCUUAAGCCAGAAAGUACUGCCCAAUCUGCAGCGGGAGCAGAGCAAAAGUCCUAGUUGACUUCGUAACACAUGGACUAGUGCUUGUUACUUUCAUACUUAUAUUGCAAAUGCCUAAAACUUUAUUUAAACAUUAUCAGUGUCCUAUCCAGUAGAUUUCAUGGUGACCAGUGCUUCAGAAGGAAAUGCACUGUAUUAUACUGCUUGUGGUGAACACAUGUCAGGUUUCUCUUUUUUGCAUAGGCUGCAUGUUGAUGCAAACGCAUGCUUGGCCCAAUAGUGUACAUGGGUUAGUUUUUUGAGUAUCCCCUCGCUGCCUCCUCAGCAAGCAGGAGGGUGCUUGUACAAACAUUAUUUAGCAAUUAGAUACUCACACCAUCUCAUGACUUGUGACUGUAGAAACUCACUGACUCUCACUCGUUUUUCUAUGUUUGAACAAAUACUACUGCCCCAUUAAACAUGGGUCACUCAUGGCCUUCAGCCUAACACUACCCAAAAGACCGUUUGGGCCUACUUCUUAAUUGACUGACGAUCACACUAUGUUAAGACUACAAUUUUCAACUCUAUAGCAUCUGCUGGCAUUACAGCUAUAUGCUGAAAGAGUAAUAACGAAUAGAGCUGAUAUAAUCAAAAUGUUGAAGUAGCCUUUCUGUUGCCAUGAUUUUGGUCACAAAUGCAUCAUAAGGAUUUGCACUUUACAUAGAAACUUAUUUAAGUUAUUAAAUUAGCAUAUUUGCAAGCAAAAGAUAUCUGUACAGGUUGUGUAAAUGGUUGUGUAUAACUGUCGCUGUUUAACAGUAUCACUACGUUUGAUUGUAAAUUACAUCCGAAUUUUCUUUCAUGCCUUCUUGACUAUCCCCCAUUUUUUAAAUAAAUGUCCCAUUAACAA